AUUUGCUUUAAAAAUGAAAAUAAAAAAGGCAAAGAUAAAGUUGCUUAUUUUAUUGUAUUCAUAAACUUUAUUGUGUGUAAAUGUCAUAACAUUUUCAUUAAACAAUGUAAAUAUUAAUUAAUACAGGCAAUGAAUUCCAAAUGCUUUAUAACGAACAUGAAUAACGUAAAUGCACAGAGUGGUGAUGACACCAAACCUCCUCUACCUAAUAUAAAAGAAAAAGUAUUUUCUUAUGAAGAGAAAUCAGUAGGAUCGACGGUGUUCUUUAAAUGCGAGGCAUGUCCCUACAUGGCACUGGCCGAAGAUGAUAUAAAAUUCCAUCUCUUUACUGUCCACCCAGACUUAGCUAAAACCAAUGGCCUCGCAGACAAUAUCCAGAUAUCCUGCCCCGGUUGCACGAGCGUGUUCGAUGCGGAGGAAACUUUAAGGAACCACCUUCGCAGCCAUCAUAAAAUGGGCAUCAAAGAUGUUAGAAAAAUGGUAAAAAGUCUAGUGCAAAUAGCACUUAAAGAUGCGAAAUUCAAAAAAGAAGAUAAAAAAGUAGACGAACCGCCUCCUUCAAAUCAACAGGAUUUAGCUGAUGUUAAAAUUCCACAAAUUAUUGAGAUAGGUCCAGAUUCCGUUAGUCCCAAUAAUGAAUCAUUGCCGAAAGGUGUUACUUAUAUAUCUGUUGAUGAAUUAAAUACCAUGAGUACACCUAACUUUGAGAAAGUUGACCCGAAAGAUAUAAUUCAAGGGGCUAGUAUAAACAUAGUGUAUGGCAAUGAUGUAUCAACUCAAUAUGUAAAUGUCCCAGAGGUGGGUAUCUCAAAUGUUCCACCUGACCUUAUAUCAUCAAUACCACGAAUAGCUAAUGUUAUAGACAACUCACCAUCACCACAGACUAUAAAAGACAAUGAAUAUAAUAAAUCUCAAUUGCCAGUAGCUAAUGAUACAACAAUUUUAAACUAUUCUCACAAUUAUGAUGGUAAUACUAAAACAAUUGAUAUAGAUAAAAAAUUAAUAAAACCAUGUGGGAUAGGAGGUUGCUAUGUACGUUUAAAAGAUGAGAAUAAUAUGGCUUAUCAUAGAAAAUGCCAUCAGAAUGGUAAACUACAGUGUCCGGAGUGUGCUAAAGUGUGUCCCGGGGUAGAUCCCUUGCAUACACAUUUAUGGAAGGUGCACGCUGUAGACAUGGAGUUGCCUACAUGUGAAAUAUGUGGUUUUAAAACAUUUAAAAAGUAUAGAUUAUAUAAUAUUCAUAUGAAAUGUCAUGGAAAUGUUAAAGCUUAUACAUGUACAAUCUGCACAAAAUCAUUCAAGAAUUCCAAUCAGUUUUCGAAGCACAAUCUGAUACAUAAGCGAGACUCAUCACCAGCUCAGUGCCAUAUCUGUCAGAAAGAGUUCAGCAAUGAGAGGAAGCUAAAGGCACAUGUUAGCACGGUACAUGAGAAGCUCAGGCCAUUCAAGUGCUCUCAUUGUGACUACACAGCCGCUAGGAAAGGGGAACUUAAGCUACAUUUGAGGUCUCACACAGGUGACAAACCAUACUCAUGCAAUCAAUGCAGCUACCGUUCAGCAGAUCACAACGCGAUGCGUCGCCACAAGAGAAUGCAUUCUAAAGAAGGUAUAUACAAAUGCAAACAUUGUCCAUACACGGCCAUACAGUCUACUAUAUUCACAUCUCAUAUGAUCUCAAAACAUCCCAACGUUAAUUCAAGCGACGUACACUGCUGCCCUUACUGUCCAUUCAAAUCUGUCAGCAAAGAAAAGUAUGUAGUACAUCUCACAACACAUAGAGAUAAAGAAGGUAUACAACUCCUUGUUGAUAUGAAGACAAACAAAACUAACAAACCAAGCUGGACCAUACCAAGUGAUGAGGAGAAAUCCACCAACACAAGUCACACUACAGAUCCAAACAAAGAUUCCAAUCCUAACACAGUAAAUACUAUACCGAUAGAAGUAUACGACUGCGAUAGUCUCUCUGAGAGCAUACCACACGAAUAUCCGAAGACUUAUUGCACGACGCCCACCAGCGAUAUACAAACGCCCACAUACAAUAGUCACGUGAUGGUCCCAGAUCUCAGAAAGGUCGAGAACAGUUCAGAUUGUCUGAUAACAGAAAACUCUGACACGAUGAUGGACAGACAUCAGUACACCCCACAACGACAGAUCCUAGAAAUAACUUACGAUGAGAACCAAUCGAAUCUACACGAAUUCUUAAACCCAACAGUAUCAAUAGAACAGAAACUUCUACAAAAUAACAGCGUUAAUUCACUAGUGUCCAAUCACUCGCCGAUAAGCAAUAAUAUAAUGGGAAACUUCCCGAUCCGAUUACCCCCAAUUCCAUUAUCACUUAGGAAUAAUAUCAUGUUGAAACCGGUUGAUAAAAUAUCUAUGCCGAUGACAAAAGUCAUCGGUCCCAUUAUUAAGCCGACGCAAAUCUUGCCAGUACCUUCUUCUAGUCAUUCCCCUGUUAAUAUUAGUAGCGAUACAGAAGGUGCUCCUAAGAAAAAAGCGAAGAUAUCUGUUAAAAGUAAUUUGAUAUUAAAAGGUCCAGAUCAGGAGAAUAUGUUCCAUUCGCAACAAAAAAUGGCUUUUAAACAGUUAGAGGAUAAUGAAAGAUUCGGUCUGCCGGUGACGUUUAACAAUCUGAUAACAACACAGUUUUUGCAACUGCAACCGGAACCGGCGUUAAGUGAGUCGCCUAACAACAUUAUGACCUACCCUCAAGAGAGCAUGCUAGAAGAUCCCGUGACCACACCAGUCGACAAUGAAUUAAACGACAACCCACAGAUAUUCACAUUCAACCAGCAAAUGUCAAACACGAUGACAAUGUUGCCACCUCCUCCUAAAAUUCAAGCAAACGACCCAAGCUACAUUAAAUUAGAAGGUACCAUAAAACAGAACACACAAUCGCCAUGCUUGGAAAGAAUGUGCACAGGACUUAAUACGCAAAUAAUGAGUAGAGAGUACAAAGCAUCACCACCGCUCGAAGAAAUCCAUAAAAAUAUUAAGAACGAAGUUAAACCAGAUUCAUUUUAUAACAUGGGUAUUAAUACCACAACGAAUAAUCCAUCGAUGAUUGAUCAAUAUUUAAUGGAUAUGGGGGAGCAAUACUCCGGACAUAUGGAUCUUUCUAACGUUGUACUACCAGAAAUAUCGGAUCAGAAUGACAUCAUAGAAAUAGACGACAACUCCGAUGAUACGAAAAUUCCUCGCUUCGAUAUGAACUUUCCUCUAGAGUCUUUGUACCUCAUGCAUAAUGAUUUUCAUUUUUUAGAAAACGAUAUCACCUCAGACAGUAUGCCCGAAGUAUCGGUUAAUGAAAUUAACCGUAUGAUUACUGAAGUGCCUAUCGUAAAUCAGAAAGAUCUAGAGAUUGUACCAGACGUAAAUAGCGAAUUUCAAAAUUUUCAAGGCAAUAAAGAUCCUAUGAUGAACACGUCGGUUAGACCGAUGACUAAAAUUAAUGUAAAAAAUAUAGAAUUAAUGAAGAAUUAAUCUAAAUUAAAUUAUACGAUCUGUAUAUAUUAUUUUUAAAGCAUUUAAUAUCAUAUACAAAAUAGAUGGCUUUUAAAUUUAGAAUAACAUCCUUAUAGAAG